AAUAUUUCCGUCACACACGAAGGUCGUUUGGUGAACUAUAUAAACUAGGGUUGUACAGCGAUUACAUAUUAGUACUGUAAUAAGUUUGCAUAACAAAUCGGGAAAAUGCAGAGCUCGAUAACCCUCGCUUUAGCGAUCCUUGCCAUAGUGGGAAGUUCUUCCGCUUCAGUCGGUCAUGGCGUUGUCUUACAAGGAGCCCUUCCACUUUCUGGAGUCAUCGCUAGUCGUGGUAUCGUGGCUGCUCCUGGAAUCGUAGCAGGCCCCGCCAUCGUAGCAGCUCCAGGUCUCCUUGGUGCUGGUGCCAUAGGAAACUCAAUCGUAGCCUCUAAUGCCGCCCUUGCUGCUGGUGCAGCUAUCGGAGCCCACAAUGCUGCAGCAGCUCAUGUCGCCAAUGGAAUAGCUGCUGCAAACGGAAUAGCUGCUGCAAAUAGAAUAGCUGCUGCAAAUAGAAUAGCUGCAGCCAAUUCAAUCGCUGCUGCGAAUUCAUUCGCUGCAUCUAAUUCAAUAGCCGCCAUCAACGGAGCUGCAGCAGCACAGGCUGCCAUCAAUGGAGCAGCUGCAGCACAGGCCGCCAUCAAUGGAGCAGCUGCAGUACAGGCCGCCAACUCGAUAGCUGCCUACAAUGGAGCUGCUGCAGCCCAGUCAGCAGCAGCCGCUCAAAUAGCAAACGCUAACGGAAUAGCAGCCGCAAGUCGUGCAGCGGAAAUCAACGCCGCAGCCAGAAUCGCUUCAGCCAAUAGUCUUGCCGCAGCUAGCAGAGCUUCAGAGGCCCAAUCCAUAUCCGCUGCUCAGAUUGCCUCAGCUAACGGUCUCGCACUGGCCAGUCGCGCAGCUGAAGCCCAAGCUGCUGCUCAAUACUCUGCAGCUCAAAUCAACGCAGCUGCACAGGUACAAUCUGCAAAUCGCAUAGCUGCCGCUAACGAGGCCAUCGCAGCUGCUAGAGCAGCCGAAGCAGCUCAAGCAGCCUCCGUAGCACGUGCUGGUGAAGCAGCUGCCGUAGCACAGACAAGUCGUUUGGUAGCGGAAGGUCAAAUAGCUGCAGCUGGUCAACAAUCUGCAGCAGCAGCUGCUGAAAGAGCUACUCUGGCUGGUGCAGCACUAGCUGCUGCGUCCAGGCCAAUCAUUAGUCCAAUAGUAGCUGCCGCGCCAAUUGUAGCUGCUGCUCCCGUUGUAGAAGUUGGCCCCCUUGCUAUCGGAUCAUCCCUUGCAGCAUCAGCUGCCCGCUUGGGAGCUGCUGCUAAUGCUGCCUCCGCAGGGGCUAGUUUACUGGGAGCUGGAGUUGGCUAUGGUGCUGGAAGUUUGGGUAUUGCCGGUGCUAAUAUUGCUCGAGGAGGGAUUGCAGGUGCAGGGAUUGGAAUAGGUCAUGCAGGUAUUGCUCGUGUGGGUGCUGGUUACGGACAUGCUGGUAGUCGUUGGUAAUUUUGGAACAACAACGAGGAGAUUCAUGCUGACUUAUUUAUUAACUUAAUAUGAUUGUUACCUCAGUCAAAAUAUAGUCAAUUAUUUAUAACCAAAUGCGAAUAAACAAAAUACUGAA